AUGGCAUGGUUAGCAUCUCUCGUGGUCUUGGUCGCGUUCCGCGCGGAUGUUGUGCUCCCGCAGGACGUCUAUGGCCAGCAGGUAGGGCUCCGAGCACCAAUCCCACUGAAUAAAUCCUAUUUCACCAACUUCAAGUUUUUUCCGCGCUCUAUCGCUAAGUUCGCGACCGCCCUUCUAUUUUAAUGCAAUUCUAGGCCAGCAAUCUUCCUAUUUUACUCGUUUUCACUUAAAGUUUGCCUAGAAAUUGGCCUAGAAAUUGUGAAUUAUUGAAGAGAGACUGCAGACGUGAUUACCUCACUGCUAAUGGGCAAUACCAUAUGCUUCGGAAGUCACGAAGUAAAAUUGCAAUAAAAUAGAGAUUUUCUGUGCUACAAAUCAGUUUGUGCACAAUACAUAUUUGUUUCCUGUGCUCAGUGUUCUGAUCAGUAAUCCAACUGGUUGCAGCAGCCGUACCCGUACGUUCAACCGAGUGCAUCUUCUGGAUCCGGCAGCUACGUUCCUCAACCGAACGUUCAAACUGUCCAGCAACCGUAUCCUAAUGUGGUAACUGAAGUUAAGUACUUCUAAUUUUUCCAUUCCAAUACCAUAGGACACUGAGGAUGUGGACAGUGUGGACGUCUACGAAACCGAAGAGCCAGAGUUCAAAGUGGUCAAUCCGAGUUUCCCAUUGGGCGGAAGUCUUCCACUGCCUCAGCCCGGACCUCCAGUCGAGCCGGGAACUCUUCCACCGCCGGUUGCUCCGCCACAAGUGACCGCCAAACCCGAUCACAGUUACGCGAUCAACUACUGCGACAAACGCGAGUUUCCGGACGAGGUGCUCGCUCAGUACGGUCUCGAGAGAGUCGAUUAUUUCGUGUACAACACCUCGUGCUCUCAUAUUUUCUUCCAAGUCAGUCCAAGUCCAAGUCUUUGUUGUUUGAUAAUCAAUUGAUAUUGUAUUGUCAAUUUCAGUGCUCCAUCGGCCAAACCUUCCUGCUCUCGUGCACUUCCCAAGAUCAAGCCUUCGACAAGUCCACCGAGAACUGCAACUUCAAGAACGCGGUGAAGUUCUGUCCGGAGUACGAUCAUGUUAUGCAUUGCAGUCAGUUCCCUGUUUCAAAUGGAACUUUUUCUAAUCUCAAAGUUUGCAGCCAUCGGCGACACUUGCACCGACAACGAGUUCGCGUGCUGUGCGAUGCCCCAAUCGUGCAUCCACGUCAGCAAGCGAUGCGACGGACACGCCGAUUGUGCCGACGGAGAGGACGAAAACAAUUGUCGUGAGUGAUUUUCAUUUCAUUGAAAAACCAUCGAUUCUCGAACGUUCCAGCGUCUUGUGCCCGCGACGAGUUCGCCUGCGUCAAGAGCGAUCACUGUAUUCCUGCGAACAAACGCUGCGACGGUGUGGCCGACGAUUGCGACGACGGAUCGAAUCUCGACGAGAUCGGCUGCAGCAAGAACACAAGUGAGCCCCGGAAAUUGUACAAUCUUAUUGGAAGCCCAUGACAAUUUUUUCCAGCUUGCAUCGGAAAGUUCAUCUGUGACAUGUCGAGAGGCGGCGUCUCUUGUGUGGAUUUGGAGAUGCAUUGCGAUGGAAAAAAAGAUUGUUUGAACGGAGAAGACGAGAUCAAUUGCAGUGAGUUCAAACGCUCACUCUUUCAUUCUUGGAGGUUUCUAGGCGAGCGGCCUGACAAAAGCCUGGUGUAACUCGCCCGAAAAAAGUGGUUUUCUUUGAUUUUUCCGUGAACAAACUGUCGUUUUGACUCAUUUACAAACAAAAAUCCAGAAAACCGGGCUUUUCCUCGACCGCCGGCCUAGAAAUGCUAAAAUGGAAGAGCGGCCGCGGCGUUUGAUACACGUUCAAUUUUGCAGAACAAGAAGGAAAACAAAAAUAUCUGCUCUGCGAGAACCAGAAACAAUCAGUAACCCGUCUCCAAUGGUGCAACGGAGAACCCGACUGCGCCGACGGCUCCGAUGAGAAGUACUGCUAUUAA